UGUUGUGACGGCCAGGAGUGGUGUGUAUCUACUUUCGUGAUAAUAAACAUGAAAUUGAUCAUCGCUGCCGCCUUCUUGUGCGCCGUAGCCGCAGAUACUGCUACCUUGCCAAACGAAAAAUGGCCAUCUCGUUCAACUGGACCGACUUUCCCACGUCCGAAUAAUCCACAAUAUCGGUUCCGACGUGAGGAUGAUCUCAACAGAAGAAUUCGAGUGCAGGGAAACAUUCCCGUUGGAAAUUCCCACAAGCAGCCAUCAGUCGACGUGAACUACGAACACCGACUUUCUGACACCGGAAGGCGAACAGUUGAUGCCUACAGUGGACUGAACAUUCAAUCUGACCGUGUUUAACCCCACGCUGGAUUCAGGUUCGAGCACAACUUUGACAAUGGUUUGUUCCUCAAGGGUUACGGUCAAGGUCAGACAGGAUCUCAUGGCAGGGUGGAACCUCAGUUAGGCGCCGGAUUUGGUCUAAGAUUCAGGAGAGAUGUUGGAGCAGAAGAGACUGAUGCUGAAUUUGAAGAACAGUAGAAAGUUGUGAUGGAGCUGAUGUAUUUAUCUCCCUGAUUGCUAUUUAAGUUUGUAUAAAUAUUUAAAUAAAUUUAUUGGUUUUAUACGUA